GUAAUGAGACCGAGGCAACUUCUCUGGGAGUCCAAAUUUUUCAGUCUCGGGGAACAGACACACAACUUCGGACCUCUUGGGUUCCUUUGAGACUUUUAGCCCAGUGUUUUGGGACUUUAGAUCGUCAUAGGGUCCUCUAGGACCGGAACAACUUCUUUUUAAGUUGGUAGUCGAUGGUUGAUCGCCGUGAGGACAGGCGCACGUCGUUAGCUGCUCGGGAAGAAAUGGAGCUUGGGCAGCGUCCUGGCAGUGCCGCCCGCUCAGGGGCAUGGGACAACCGCGGGUACGACGGGUCUCGGCCGACGUCUCCAGCUCGACUGGACGCCUCGGCAUACGCUCGAGACUCGUACGGAUCACCAGCGGCUAUUCCAUCGGAGAUGGAGAGCGAGAUGUACGUUCACGGCGGCACGGUGCGGGCAGUGCAACCGGCAGGGCCCGAGCAGCAGACCGGGUGUUGGAACAAGUUCAAGCGUUUCAUCCGAGGUAUGUGGGCUACCAGGCAGACGGAGGAAUUCCAUGGCGACAAGGAGCAAUAUGUGAAAACAACGCUGCGGGAACUUUUCACCUAUAUCAUCUUUAUCGUCAUCUUAUGCAUCCUGACGUUUGGCAUGAUGGGUUCGACCAUGUUCUACUUCACCAAGGUGAUGGAGGACCUGUUUCUGGACUCUAGCCUGUGCUGUGGCAGCGGGAGUAACAGCUACCGCGGGAUGACCUCCAUGGCCGACUGGUGGAAGUUCUCUCGUGGCCCCCUGCUGGAUGGUCUGUACUGGAACAAGUGGUACAACCAGAACAACGCCACCGGCUCCUACAUCUACUAUGAGAACAAGAUGCUGGGAGUGCCGCGCAUCCGGCAAAUCAAGGUGAAGAAUGAUUCGUGCGCCGUCCAUGAGGAUUUUAAGAACGAGAUCCUGGAGUGUUAUGACUCAUACUCCGAGGCAGUGGAGGAGAAAGAGCCGUUCGGACUUGGUCUGAGAGGCGACAACACCACUGCAACCUGGGACGCGUGGUUCUACAAGACCUCGGAUGAAAUCGACGGCUCCGGGCACAGGGGUAAACUGACGUCCUACGCGGGGAACGGCUACGUCCAGGACCUGAACCUGACCCGGCCGGCCAGCGAGGAAAAGGUCAUUGAGCUGUUCAACAACCUGUGGACAGACCGCGGGACCAGGGUGGUCUUCAUCGACUUUACUGUCUACAACGCCAACAUCAACCUGUUCUGUGUCAUCAGGUUGAUCGCUGAGUUCCCACCAACUGGCGGACUCAUCCCGUCGUUCAACUUCCGCACGGUGAAGCUGCUGCGGUACGUGACGAACUACGACUUCUUCAUCAUGGCGUGCGAGGGUCUGUACGUCCUCUUCAUCAUCUACUACAUCAUCGAGGAGGCCCUGGAGAUCAAGCGCCACAGGCUGGGGUACUUCAAGAGUUUCUCCAACAUUCUGGAUGUGACAGUCAUCCUGCUGUCAUUGGCUGCCAUUGCCUUUAACGUCUACCGGACCCUGAAGGUGGAGGAGCUGUUGGACCAGCUGUUGGAGAGUCCGGAGUCGUACGCUGACUUCGAGUUCCUGGCCUGGGCCCAGGGCAUCUACAACGACAUGGUGGCGAUCACCGUGUUCUUCGCUUGGAUCAAGGUAUUCAAGUACAUCAGCUUCAACAAGACGAUGACACAGCUGUCCUCCACCCUUGCUCGCUGUGCUAAGGACAUCGCCGGCUUCCUGGUCAUGUUCUUCAUCAUCUUCUUUGCCUAUGCCCAGCUGGGCUACCUGGUGUUCGGCACACAGGUCAAGGACUUCAGCACCUUUCCAGAUGCCAUCUUCACCCUGUUCCGUAUCAUCCUGGGUGACUUUGACUUCAAUGCUCUGGAGGAAGCUAACCGUGUCCUGGGUCCCAUGUUCUUCAUCACAUACAUCUUGUUGGUUUUCUUCGUCCUAUUGAAUAUGUUCUUGGCGAUCAUCAAUGACACUUACUCUGAAGUGAAAGAAGAGAUCGCCCAACAGAAGAGCGAGUUCGAGAUUGGGGACUACUUUAAGAAGGGAUACAACAAGAUGUUGUCGAAGCUGCAGUUCAAGAGGGACAAGAUAGUGGACAUCCAGAAGGCGUUGGCGGCCGCCGACGUCAACAAAGACAAGCAGGUUGACUUCGAGGAGUGGCGCCAGGAUCUGAAAGCGCGCGGCCAUGCUGAUGCUGAGAUUGAGGCCGUGUUCGCCAAGUACGAUACUGACGGCGAUCGCAUUCUGGACGCUGAGGAGCAGCGCAAGAUGCAGGAAGAUCUGGAGGGGCAGAAGCAAGAGCUGAGUGAGGAGAUUGAGGAUGUGGAGAAGGCGCGGGAGAACGCGGCCGCUCACAGCAAGAGCCGCGCCAGCUUCCACGACAUGACCAGCGGGGACGAGGACGACGACCGCCCUGUGCACGGCGUGUCGUUUGAGGAGUUCACCGUCCUGAGCCGUCGUGUGGACCGUAUGGAGCACUCCAUCGGCAGUAUUGUGUCCAAGAUCGAUGCCGUUCUGGUCAAGCUGGAAGCCAUGGAACGUGCGAAGCUGAAGCGUCGUGAGACCAUGGGCAAGCUCUUGGAUAGCAUUACUGAGGAUGAGCGUGCUGGGCGUACGGAGGAUGACCUGAAGCGGGAACAGAUGGAGCGUCUGGUCCGAGAGGAGCUGGAGCGCUGGGACUCGGAGGCCUCCAUCUCCAACGCCAGCGGCCGCGGGAACUCUCCCGCCAGCGGCGGCCGACCCCGCUCCCGCGGAUCACGGCCUCCCUCCGCUGACCAUGGCCCAAGUGGAAGCAAUGCGUAAAAAGGUUUCCACCGAGAGAAGGACUUUGAGAUUGUACAAUGUCACAAGAGGCCUUAAGAGAACCCACUGGAUGUAUAUAUUGUAUGUGGUCUAAACAGAAGAGGGUUGAAAGACCGGAGAAAUUUGAUGCAAUCAUGAAGACAAAAAAAAAAAUGUUUCUGCAUGUGUUACGAGUAUUACAGACUGAUAAGUUCUCUACAUAUCCAUUUAUUCCUCAAGUAAUGUGUGUGUUAACACUUCAGGUGAGAUUCAGCACAAGUACUGAUGAGUUUAAUCCAACAAUAUGCUUCUCAUUAUUUUCAAUAAUCAGGAAAGUAACAAAUGUCAUUAUAUAACAGGAGUAUACUAAGAAGAAACCCACCUGUGUCCUCUGUAUAGAACUAUACUGGAGAAUUAUGUGUUGUUAUACUUGUGCGGUGUUACAUAGACAUAUUUAUAUUGAAUAUAUAUUCCUAAAUAGUGUAGAUGACAUCUAUUUUCAAAGUAUUUUAGAGGAGCGAUGUGGAAACAUGUAAGUGGAUGUUUUCCAUGUGAGUUACUGUCUACUACUGGCCGAUGGGCUUUACACUUAGCAGACUCUUCACUGUCUUAAAUCUUUCAUACUUUCUUCAUCUCUAAAUCCCUUUGCAUAGGGCUUUACCAAGACUUACUAUGCAGUCAGAAAUGCUGUUCCAAGGUGAGAGUUACUAACUUAAAGGUACGGUAGAUUUGGCUUUGGACUUUAAGAAAAUUGAC